AACACGGUGGAGUGCUAUGAAGUUCUAGGCGUGCAGAGACAUGCCUCAGCCGAGGAUAUUAAAAAGGCAUAUCGGAAACUGGCACUGAAGUGGCAUCCAGAUAAAAAUCCUGAGAAUAAAGAAGAAGCAGAGAGAAAAUUUAAACAAGUAGCUGAGGCGUCUGAGGUGUUAUCAGAUGCUGAAAAACGGGACAUCUAUGACAAGUACGGCAGAGAAGGAUUAAACGGUGGAGGUGGAGGUGGAAGUCGCUUUGACAGUCCGUUUGAGUUUAGCUUCACAUUCUGUAACCCAGAUGACGUCUUCAGGGAAUUUUUUGGUGGAAGGGACCCGUUUUCAUUCGACUUCUUUGAAGACCCAUUUGAAGACUUUUUUGGUAGUCGAAGGGGCCCUUGCGGAAGCAGAAACCGAGGCACAGGGUCGUUUUUCUCUGCCUUCAGUGGAUUUCCAUCUUUUGGAGGAGGAUUUCCUUCUUUUGAUGCAGGAUUUACUUCCUUCGGUUCACUGGGUCGUGGGGGCCUCACUUCGUUCUCUUCCAUGGCAUUUGGUGGUAGUGGGAUGGGCAACUUCAAAUCUAUAUCAACUUCUACUAAAACCGUUAAUGGCAGAAAAAUCACUACAAAGAGAAUUGUCGCGAAUGGUCAAGACAGAGUAGAAGUUGAAGAAGAUGGCCAGUUGUCUCUAACUAACGGUAAGGAGCAGCUGCUGCGCUUGGAUAGCAAGCAGUUCAACGCACGCAUGUAACAAACAGAAAUGUUAACCUAACAAGCACCAUUUGAGGAUUAACAGGAACACUUUUUUUGAAGAUUUCAAACGAACUCGACUUUCAGUAUAACUGUACCUAGUCUAAAGUAUUUAUGCACAGCUCGUAGGAGCCCUAUUUGUCAUAGACUUUUGAGUUUAUUGUUGGGACCAAAUAAUAGGACCAUUUUUUUGUUUUUUGUCUUUAAAAUUGUUGUAAAUCUCUGUAUGCUCUUUGCUUUUUUAUUAAACGUAAUCCAAAGUGGCCGUGACUCUUUCGUACACUAACACCAGCGCGGACCUGCUUUUCCAUUGUGUUUGAAACGUGAGCCGAAUAACGUCAGCCUGCUGUGAAGUUAACAUCGCCAGAAUGAAUCGUCCACAAAAAUAAUUUCUUUUUUUUUCAGUAUUUAGUAGUGAAAGAUAUUAAUGCAUUAAUGGUAAUACAUUUCUGGUUUAAUAUAAAUUGAGGAUGUUUUCUAGUUGUGCAUGAAUGCUGGCAACUUAGUAAGUUUCGGCAAUUGUUUAAAUAUGUAAUGUUAAGCUUAGGUUUAAAAAAGUAAAGCUGGUAAAUUGGAUCUUUGUCAUUUACUUAAAAAAAAAAAAA